AUGAAAAAAAAAAGAUCAGUUUGUCAACAUUCAUGGCUUAUUAAAUAUUCUUGGCUUAGUUACUCAAAAAUUCAUCAAGGUGUUUAUUGUCGAUAUUGCGUGUUAUUUUCAAGAAAAGGUGAAAAUCAAGCCCUUGGUCAAUUUAUUAAUAAACAAUUACGAUCGCUGAAAGAUGCGAUCGAAUAUUUAUCGAAUCAUGAUAAAUGUGAUUACCAUAAGUUUUCUGUGAACCAAGCAACAGAAUGUAUUUCACGGUAUCCUCAUGCAAAUUCAGAUGUGAAUAUAUUAUUAAAUAAUAUAAACGAACAACAACAAAAUGAAAAUAGAAGAGUACUGGCAAGUAUAAUUAAAUGCAUUUUAUUCUUGUCAAAACAAAAUAUCGCAUUUAGGGGUAAUGAUAAAGACGAAUUUUUAAAUGAUAACAAUAUCAAUCCCGGUAAUUUUACAUCAUUGGUGUUGUUUACAGCUGAAGCUGGUGAUCAAGCGCUACAAAAACAUUUAAAUCAUCAUCAAAAAAAUGCUACAUAUUUAAGCUGGCAAACACAAAAUGAAUUAAUUAAUAUUUGUGCAAGAUUAAUCAAGAAUAAAUUAUUAAAUGAAUUAACUACUACACUGAAAUUUUAUGCUAUUAUUGCCGAUGAAACAUCUGAUUUAUCUGGUACAGAACAAUUAUCAAUUUCAAUACGUUUUGUAUCCGACGAAAAUGAUAUUUUAAUAAAAGAAAUCUUUCUUGGAUUUGAAGCUCUAUCUGCUACAACUGCUGUUGGUAUUGCUAAAGCAAUCACAACAUUUAUUCAAACGUCUGAUCUUAAAAUAGAAAAAAUUCGUGGUCAAGGCUACGACGGAGCAAAUGUUGUUGCUGGUAAAUUAGGUGGGGUACAAAAAUUGAUAAAAGAUAUUGUACCACGUGCAAAUUAUUUUCAUUGCUCAAAUCAUUCAUUGGACUUAGUUCUUGCUGAAGCGUGUACGCUUCAACUAAUUAAAAUGUUUUUUGGUGUGAUUAAGUCUGUCAUAAACUUUAUAAAUGCAUCACCAAACAGAAAAAGAAUGUUAGCUAAAGCUAUUGAAUCCACCAAUAAUGAAACAAAACGUCGACAUCUUGUCAAAUUAUGUGAAACACGUUGGGUUGACAAACAAACAUCAAUUAUUGUAUUUAAACAAGUUUUUUUUGAUGUUAUUAUUGCUUUAGAUUAUUUAGCUGAAAAUGGUGAUUCUGAAACAAGUGGUCUUGUACGAAGUUAUGGAAAAGCUCUAAAUGAUAUUGAUUUUGCUAUUCCUCUUAUUAUUGUCAAUCGUGUAUUUUGUAUAACUAAACCAUAUGCUGAACAAUUCCAAAAACCAACAUGCGAUCUUCUCAAAUGUUUUCAAAGUAUAGAACAAGCUUUAACUUAUUUAGCGCAAUUAAUUUAUGAUGACAAUGAAUUAAAUGAACUUUAUAAUGAAUUUACAAAAUUUGUUGAACUUCAUGAAAUUGAUAAUUGUUUAUCACGAACAACAAGUCGACGUUAUGAAUUUGUCAAGAAUUAUUUUACAGACGUGUACAGAACAUUCAUCAAUACAACGAUUGAAGAAUUAGGACGGAGAUUUAAUGAACAUCAAAAAAUUGCCAUGCAUAUCUCAAAUUUAAUUCCAUCUUAUUUUGUUAAUACUCAAUUUUCAAAUGUUUUACCAUUAUUUCAUUGUUAUAAAGAUGAUUUACUAAGUGAUGAUCCAAACAUUCAUAAGGCGGAAUUUGAUAGAUGGAAAUUUUCUGUUCUUCAAAUGAAAGAAAAUGAACGACCAUCUACAAUAAUUGAAACACUAAAAAUUAUGCAACCAAUUAAAUCUUUUUAUCCUAAUAUAUAUAUUUUACUACAAAUCUAUGCACUUAUUCCUGUAUCGGUGGCAGGUGCAGAACGAUCAUUUUCAGUUCUCAAAUUAAUUAAAACAAAAUUACGUAAUAGAAUAGGUGAUGAACGGUGUAACGAUAAAAUAUGA